GAGGCAGGAAGCAGGUAGAGGCACGCUGCGGCAGCAGGGCCGCCGGACGCCCUCCCCCCUUCUAUCCCCAAGCCCCAGCCACCUCUGCCAGUCGGAAACCCGCCUGGCCGCUCGCUGCCUGCUGAGGGCGCCGCGCGGCGUGCCCUGUGCCGCAGGGGGGCGCCGCUGGGGCGGCGACAAAGCGACGAGAGCAAGAUGGCUGCAGGCACGGUCCCAAACCUGGAGAACAAGCUAUUCGUCGGUGGUUGCCCGCCGACGAGCGAUGAGGAGGCCCUGCGCGCGAUCUUCGAAAAGCACGGCACCGUCGACGAGAUCUUCAUCAUGCGCGGAGGGUCGCGGUCCGGGAUGGCCUGCGCAUUUGUGCGCUUUGCGACGCAGGAGACGGCGCAGCGGGCGAUCGACGCGAUCCAUGGCAAUGUGACGCUCCCGGAUGCGUCGGAGCCGCUCGUCGUCCGCUGGGCCGAUGCGCCCGGAUCGCGCGGCCGCGAGAGCCGCGGGCGGCAGCCGAAUGAGCGGCGGCGCAGCGGCGGCGACCGGCGGAGCGGCGGCGGCGGCGGCGGCGGCGGCGGCGGCAUGGCCGGUCGCUAUGGGAUGGGCGGCUAUGCGAUGCAGCACGGGGGCUACACCUACGGCCCGACGGCGCAGUAUAUGUCCAUGCACAACCAGAUGCAGUACGGUGCGGCGUACGGUCAGAUGUACGGGCAGAUGGGGACCAGCGGGUACCACGCAGGCUACCCGCAGCACGCGCAGAUGAGCUACGGCUACGGCUAUUCGCAGCACGGCAUGGGCAUGCCGCAGGGUCAGGGGACGCCGCACGAGCAGCAGCAGGCGCAGCAGGCGCAGCAGCUGCAGUUCAUGUACGCGCAGCAGCAGUACGCGCAGCAGGC